AUGGUGGUGCUCUUGCAGGAAAAGCUGGAUGUGGAGGACGACUUGGGGGAAAAGCUGGAGCAGCAGGUCGAGAAAUUCAACAAGAAGCGGGACCAGAACCGGAAGCUCAUGGAGCAUAUUCGAGAGCUGGAGUCCGAGAUCGACACCCUGCAAGGCCAGCUGGAGGAGGCUCGGCUCGGGCCAAAGAAAAGUCCGGAGAAUGAGGAAUCCCCACUACGGCGGAAGAAGACCCGGGCCAAGAGCAAUGAGCCGGAGCCCGAGCUAGUCGACCUUGAGGCAGAGGAGGAGGGUGGCAAAGAGGACAACGACAAGGACAAUGAUGACGACGAGCAGUCGGAGGGCAAAGACCGCUCACGCGAACGUCGGAAGUCCGUGAGUCGAAGCCGAGAAGCCAACCGCGAGCGCAGUCGCGGUGGCAAUCGGGAUCGAAGUCGAGACAACCACAGAGAGGUCGCUCGCUCAAGGGAGCCGCGGCGACGUUCGGCGAGUCGCGAUCCCAAGCGCGAUCGCAGCCCGCAGGACAACCGCGACAAGGAUGCCCGGAGGCGGUCGUCGCGAAGCCGCGAGAAGCGGGCCACGUCUCGAAGCCGCGAGAAAAGGGCUGACCGAUCCCGCGAGCCGCGCCGGCGUUCAUCACACAGCCGUGAUGCCAAGCGCGACCGCAGCCAGAAGGACCGCUCCAGAGAUCCCCGCCGACGUUCGUCGCACAGCCGUGACGGGAAGCGUGACCGCAGUCCGCAGGCAGAAAGAUCGAGAGAGCCUCGAAGGAGAUCUUCUCAUAGCCGCGAUGCCAAGCGCGAUCGAAGCCGAGAGGACGACCGCGACAGGUACGACCGGUCAAGGUCACGUGGCUACAGAAGGCGAAGCCGAAGCCGCGACAUGGGACGAGGUAAGGGUGGCGGCAAAGGAGGAGGCAUUCCGAAUCUAUGCUUUCUCUACGUUAUUGACAAAUGCCGCAAGGGUCUUCAGCUUACGGUUCUCAGCAAGAGAUGGGCGAUCGGUGUGAAGCUAGGCACCCUGAUGAUCGCGAAGUCCGCAUGCUUCGAGAAAGGUGAAAAGCAGUCAGUCUCCUUUCGAAGUUUGAGCGGGAAGGGUGAUUGCGUCGCUGCCCGCCGUGCGCCUUGGCGAGGCUUCACCACCGGCCUCUGCGAGGCUAUUGACAGCGACGCCCCCGCCGACAUCUGCACGCAGUUUCAAUGUUCGCAGUGUGCCUUCUGGCCUGCAAAUCGCCCAGCCGGCUUGGCUGCACACCCAUUCAGAGCCUGCGAACACAGCGGGCUUCGAAGCGCGGGGGCCGCGGCCGACUCUGCAGCGGCUGCCCGGGCAGGUCACCGUCGUGCUAUCCACAGUGGAGCGGACCGUGGCCAAAAGCCAGCCUGGUCCAACUCAACCAAAGGCAGAGCACGUGAAGGUGCAGCCUGUAGAAGCGACAACACCCAGCGAGAUGCCGGUAGUGCAGACUCCAAGUGCACCCGAUGGUUCGCCAAGUUCCAAGGCCUCAGCAGCACCGCAGUCACCAAGUUCGUCACCGCAGGCAUCAACCAGAGCUGCAGCUCCAGGGUCGCCCACUUCCCCUCAACUGGGUCGGGUGCGGCGCCUACGAGACUAACUACAUUCAGAAGUGCGUAG